CCGAUUAGUUGUUUUUAUAUUUUGAUACCCGAUUGUUGAUAAUGUAGUGUUUUGUUGUUGUUUGCCGAUGAAAAACGUUAUUUUAUUCGGCAUUUAUUGGGUUCGGUUACUCGGUGAUGUUGCAGUGAUAUGUGUAGUGAAGCCGAUUUAUUGUUACGAUAGUCUUGACUUAACACCUUAAGCGUCAUGACUCAUCGGACCAGAAGAAGAAAACACUAUAAAAGAGCACCAGUGAGGACAACUCCCACCACCGAUCAAAGGUCCACUCUAUCAGCAUCUUUGAUACUUCGUUACGUAUCAGUGGCAACGCAAACGGAAGCGGAGUCUAAUCCAGAAAUGGUUCAGACCAAACGCAGGACCCUUAACAUGCCGGAACUGGAGUCGGUCAGUCGCAUUUCAAACCUGCCGAUCGUUGAAACCGGACUGGGGUAUGCGGAGAACGUUUACAAGAAAAUCAAGGGCUCAAACAGUUUGUUCAACUGGACCCUGGAUCAAGCGGAGAACACCAUUUAUUCCGUAAUGGAAACCGCUGGACCAGCGGUGGUCCUCUUCCAAGGACCACUGACCCAAGUAGACCGGAUCGUUUGCAAAACCCUCGAUCUAGUCGAGGAGAAGGUACCAUCGAUACACUUACCCCCACAAAUGAUUUACUGGAACACAAAACAGUAUGCAAAAGAGACAGUGAAUACCAGAAUCGUGAGUCCAGUGCUCAAGAGAGCUGACUCGGUAAAGCAAAUAGGGACCAGCGUCUUGACCAGUAAGUACACGGCUUUCGCAGUGGAUAAACUUGAUGGAGCUUUGGAUGUUGCUGACAAAUACGUGGAUAAGUAUUUGCCACCUGACGAGCAGGAUGCUGGAGUGGAUGAAGUUGAUAAGAAAACGGGUGGACCGGACGAGAAGGCUCUUUACACCAUACAACACGUUGAUAGGUUGGGUAGGAAGCUGAAGAAGCGACUGACCAGGAGGACAAUAGCUGAAGUGAGAGCUUUGAAGGAACAAAGUGCUGAAGCUGUGCAUGUGUUAGUGUACGUAGCUGAAUUGGUGGCGAAAGAUCCAGUGUUGGCUUUCCAGAAGGGUAAAGAACUGUGGGCCAGUUUAAGUAAGGACGAGCCGGAAAAUCAGGCCCGUCCGGAAAAUGUCGAGCAACUGAUCGUCCUCCUGACAAGGGAAUCCGCCAGACGGAUCGUCCAUUUACUCAAUUUUACCGGAACGGUGGCACACAAAGUGAACAAAAAGGUCACCCACUCGAUCGCCAUCCUUGUCAAUCGGUUUUUAAGGGUGGCUAACUCCGUUGUUAAGACCGCUCACUUGGAACAGACUCAACAAAAUGCCGUGUCCGUCAUCAAAUCAAGGGCAUACUCUUUAACGAUUUUUUUGAAGCAGCUUAAUGUGCAGCUCACUGACCUAUUGGACAGCUGGGCUAAACAGCUCUCUAAUGGGACAGUACCAAACGACGAUGACCCUCAAACAACGAUUCCGGUGCCGCUGAUCUAUCACCAAAUGAAACUGCUUAACGUUAAUGAUAAUUCGGUCAAUAAAAACGGAUACGAGCAUCUCAAUGCGAAUUCUAAUGCGGAAAAGUCGUCCGAGCAAUAAUUUUAUGAGGAUUUAUGUUAUUAUACAUAUUCCUUGUUAGUAUUGUUUAUUUUUUAAUUUAGAUUGAUCGAGAGAGACAUAUAUUACUUUUAUAUUAAUAAAUUAGGGAGAAACCAAUAAUGUAACAAUUAAUAUCGUUGGACUUUUGUCACGAGUAGAUUUUACGUAUUUAUUCAAGAAACGUUAUAUUUUAUAUAUAUAAGCUUAUAAUUUUUAAUACUAUUUUUAUGUACGUAUGUCAUAGUAAUAAAACAGAUAUGUAUGUU